AACUUCAGUGCAAACAAACAUUAGUAGCAGGCUCUGAGCUAGCUUACCAUCCAACCUAGCUUGCUUAGUUCAACUCUCAUGUUCGACUUGUUAAAUGAACGGCCAAACGUCCCCCUUUAAAGAUAUUGUGGUGGAAUAUUCCUUUACUCUGGUAUCUUAGUGAAAUAUGUCAUUCCAUGGGUCACGUACACGUUUACGCUAGCUAUGUAGCCUAGCUAUAUAGCUAGCACUAAGCUAGCAUCUAAAUAUCUUCAAGGAGGCUAGAGAUGCUGCCUUGCCAACACACACUUGUUGAUAAUCCUCUUAGUUAUGGCCAAGUCGUAGCAACUGUCAAAACGGUGAAACCGGGAAUGCAUUAAACUAGCUCUCGCCCGAUACGAUUGGUUAGAUCUGACGAAAACGCAAGUUAUAGCUGUAGAUCUAGUCAUAUAGUACUUCUUUAACAACAAUUCGGAAGCCUUCGAAGUUUAGUUUUAAUUUCAGUUAAGUGGGUUGCAUUUUACAGCCUGCUUUUUGGAGUCCAGUUCGAAUCAUGUCACGACUAACUAAGGAAGAGCUGGAUGAACAGUUCGAGCAGUUCUUGAAAGAGUCUGUUUCGGAUGAGUCAGUGGACUUGGGUGGAACUGGCAGUGCCCAUCGCUCCAGUGUUCUGGACAGUUUAGGCAAAGCCAGACCCGCUCCGAAACCCCAGAAGAAGUCUGCUGUCUCGGUGCCAUGGUGGCAAGAUGAGGAUGACAGCGAGGGAGGACCUGGAAGAGGACUGCUGGGGUCUGGGAGAACCUUCCGGAAGUCCCUGAGGAGGUCGCAGCCCAUCCAGGAGGAGGUGGAAGGGCGGCCAGAGGAGGAGGAGGCGGCGGAGGCAGGGGUCUCCUUCAGCAGAGACAGCCUGGAGCAGGAGGAUCCGUUGCUGGCGUCAGGGCGGGGCGGGGGCCUGGGGGGCGGGGGCCUGGACACCCUGGAGGAGGAGGAGGAGAAGGCUCGCUUCUUCGCCCGCCUGGAGGGUGGGCCCUCAGCUGUGGACUACAGCAGACUCAACAAGGAGCUGGAGUCCACCAGCUCCACCACCGCUACCACACUCAGGAAAGCUGAGCAAGUGGUUGGGCUGGAGGAUAGAGAACAGGAUGAGGAUGUGGAGUCUGAGUGGCCAGCAGCCUCCCCUCACUACAGCGAGGACUUCGAAGAUGAAGGCAGCGCCCGCGAGGAAAAGGAGCAGAAGCCGCUGAGACCAGCCAUGCUCGCCAGAGUCUCCCUCCACGAUUCGCUGGAUUCCACCUGUGAAGUCCCGCCCACAGGAGAGAGAGGAGGGGCUGGAGAGGAGGAGGAGCAGGAGGAGGAGAGGAGGAGGACAGAGGCCAGGGACACAGCAGACUCUCUGGAGACAGCUCUACCAGCCCUGUCCCACGGCCAGAGCGGAGGCAGUCUGAAUGUGGUCUGUGCUCCUCCCCCAGCCCUGUCCCACGGCCAGAGCGGAGGCAGUGACAUGGAGGCCCUCCACGAGGCCUACCGGCAGAUCAGCCAGCCUGCGGAGGGCUCCGGGGGCCCCCAGCUCCCCGCUCCCCAGCUGCCUGCUCCCUCGGGGGGCAGGGACAGGACCAGCAGCCCUGGGUCCCCCCCGGCCACCACCACCACCACCCCCCCUGUACCAGGGGCCCCCAGUGGGUCUCUCAGGGCUGCCUCUACCUCCGGAUCAGAUCUGCCAACAGCAGAGGAGCUGUUGAGACGCAUCAUGCCUGACACUGACGACAGCAGAGGAUUCACACUGCAACCUAUCAGCGGUGCUGAGCUCCAGCCUUACAGCCCAGGCAGGUCUGGGGAGAGGUGCUCCCCGCAGAUGAGCCCCCGACGCUGGGCCUCCGCCCCCUCCCCUGACCCCCCCUCCCCAGCCCCCCGGCCCCCCAGCAUCAGAGAGGAGGUGUCCAGGCUGAUGCAGGAGGGGGGGCUCUGGCCCCCGGACCUGCUCUCCUCGCCCGGCACAAACCAGCAGCGCCAGGUACCUGGCUGGUCUGCCGCCUCUGGUCCGCCCAGCGCCCCCCAGAGGAGAGGGAGAGGAGGGGGGAGGAAGCCUCCCACUGUGGCCCCCCGGAGCCCCGGGCCAGGCAGACAUGGGGCUGGGGCUGGGGCUGGGGCCGGGGGGAGGGUAAUGUCUGGGGCUGGGGCUAGGGCUGGGGUGAGGGCUGGAGCUAAGACUGGGGCUAAGGCUGGGGUGAGGCCCGGGGCUGGAGCUGGGGCCAAACCUCCAUCAACCCUGGACCAGACGAGAACCAUCAGUUCCAGUCCUGCUCCGUCUGAGCAGACACAAGCUCCGCAGGCUCUCAGAGUGAGCGGCGAGCUCGUGGCGUCCGUCCAGUCCUUCGCCGCCUUCCUCCAGCACCAGAUCGACACCGGCGGGCGCCAAAACACCGCCAACGUCUCCCGGGAAACCAGGGAACGCCCCGAGGGUGGAAGGAGAGAGCCUGGGUGGAGGGAGGAGAGCAGGGCUGAGGAGCGGCCCCUGGUGGACAGGGUGAGACUGCAGUCUGACCAGGACAGAGAGGAGGGGACUGCCAGAGACCAGCUGACCCAGCAAGAGCUCAGCUCUCUGAGACAGGAGAACUUCCUCCUUCAGAGCAAGCUGCACAGCGUGGAGGAGACCAGCAGGAGGGGGAGGUGGUGUGUGGAUCCCUCAGAUCCUCUCUCUGACAAGAUCCAGCUGAUGGAGAAGGAGAUGAACAACCAGGAGACCCUCAUCCAGGGAUACCACCAGGAGAAUGAGAAGCUGUACCAGCAGAUGAAGUCCCUGCAGGCCCAGAGGAAAGUGGACGAAGAGGCCAUGUUCCUGGAGAACCAGAGGCUGCUCAGUGAGCUGGCCCUCACCAGGGAGCAGUUGAACAAGAGCAACAUGCAGAGGACUGUGGGAAAUGUAGGCGUUGUGGACCAGAGUCAGCGAAUCACAGAGCUGCUUGGUCAGAUCCAGGCUGCAAAGAGGGUGGAGGCCAGGCUGGUGGAGGAGACCUCCAGACUGAAGCAGGAGAAGCAGGGUCUGGAGGUGGACCUGCAGGUGAUGAGGAAAGAGAGAGUCCAGGCUCUCACCUCCACAGGCCAGGCAGGAUGGGAGCAGCAGGCAGGCUGGGAGCAGCAGAGGCUGCAGGAGGAGAGGCACUGUGAGGAGGUGUGUGCUCUGACCAGGAGGCUGCAGUGGUACGCUGACAACCAGGACCUGCUGGACCGAGACACAGCCAGGCUGAAGGAAGCCACGGAGGAGAUCAGCAAGCUCACCCUGCAGGUGGAGAAGCUGAAGGCAGAGGUGGGGAGGAGUCGAGCUGCCCAGCGACAGAGCAGAGCCCAGGAGAGAGCUGCUGACGCUAGGAGGACUCAGGACCUAGAACGCCAAGUGAAGGAGCUGGAGGCGAUCCUGAAACGCAGGAACCCCAACUCCCUCCCAGCUCUCCUCUACGCCGCCGCCGCCGCCCAGGAAGAGGAGCCUCCCACCCAGACAGCCGCCCUAUGGGAGCGCCGCGUCCACAGGCUGGAGGCGGAGCUGGAGGGCAAAGACGACGACGCCAAGAGGAGCCUGAGGACCAUGGAGCAACGCUUCCAACGCAUCAAGCUCCAGUAUGAGCAGCAGAUCUCAGAGCUGGAGCGCCAGGUGGCUGCUGGGACCGGCUCGUCCGAGUCCUGGGCGACCCGGGUUCGACUCCUGCAGGAGGAGCUGGGCCGGCUGCAGGAGAGCCAGCAGAGCCGGGAGCAAGCCCUGCAGGACCAGGUCCACCUCCUCCAGGACCAGCUCUCCCAGCGAGACCAGGCUGGACCAGGAACAGGGCCAGGAACAGGGCCAGGACCAGAACCAGGACCAGAACCAGGACCAGGACCAGAACCAGGACCAGAACCAGGGCCAGGAACAAAACCAAGCCUAGAACCAGGACCAGGCCGAGGCCAGCGUAGCCCCUCUCGCCACCAGCUCCAGACCGAAGCGGCGCAGGGCGCCCGGAUCGAGCGUCUCACCCAGGAGUUGGCGGCCAAGACCCGCAGCGUGCAGGAGCUGACCCGCACCGUGGACCGCCUCCAGAGAGAGAGGAGGACCAUGCUGGGCGGCCCGGCGCCCGGCCUCAGGCCCGGGGACCCCCGGAGGCCACCGCCUCCCCCCAAGGCCCCGGCCGGCCCGGCGGAGCGGGGCGAGGCGGCCUUCCCCCCCACCCUGGACGAGAAGGCCUACCAGCCCACGGCGUUCGCGGGGAGCCACAUCUCCGAGGUGCUGCAGGAGAAGGAGGCGCUGCGGGAGAAGCUGGAGAGGCUGGAGGGGGAGAGGAGACAGGAGGGGCUGGCCCUGAGGGAGGAGGCGGCGCUGGCCCGAGAGGAGCUCCGCAGGCUCCAGGAGAGCUCGGCGGAGCAGCUGUCGUGUCUUCAGCUCGUCCACCAGGGGGAGCUGGAGCGCCUGCUGGCCCGCCACGCCCUGGAACACUCCUCCUCCAAGCUGGCCCAACUGACCAAUCACAUCGCCACACAGGAGGUGGUGGUGCAGCACCUGCGUGAGCAGUUGAAGGAUCUUCAGGGCACCAAGGAGGCACUGGCCGUGUCCAAGCUCAGAGAGGACGCUCUUCAGGAGCAGCUGUCCAGGCUGCUGGAGGACCUGAAGCAGGCGACGGAGGCCCACAGCCCCCAGCUCAGACACUUCCUCAGCCUGGACAGGAAGAUCCACAGCAUGGAGGUCCGACACGCUCAGAGGGAGAGGGAGCUGCAGCAGGUGGUGGGCCGGAGGCUGCCGGGGCAGCAGCAGGGGGAGUCAGGGGAGGUGCAGGCCUGGCGGAGGCUGGCCCAGGAGAGGAGCCGCGAGCUGGAUGUGUUCCGCCUGGAGCUGGACUCCAUCCUGGACAUCCUGAGAGCGCUCCAGCAGCAGGGUGUGGUCAUCCCUAGCCCCGCCCACCUGGGCGGAGCCGGCGGAGCCUGGACCACCUGACACCCGCGCUCGCUCUCGCACACGCGCUCACACACAUGUUCACACACACACCUUCCCACAAACACACCAUCUGUGCUCAUCUCUUUCAUGGUCUUUCUCCCACAUGGACACAAACACACUGUUCUCGUUCUCUGUCUCUCUCACACACACAUUACACAGCUGUCUCUCUCACA